AUGGCCGACAUGGACGCCAUCUUCUGGAAGAAUAGGUUCUACGCUGUCAACUCACGCAUCUCCGAGCUUGAGUUUGAGAACCACAAACUCACAGCUAGCAACGACUCAGCCAUCAAGCAAGACCCGGAGGACAUCGCUCAGCUUGAGGAUAUCAUCGGCGCGCAGAAGCGCAUGCUCAUGGAAGCUCAAAUCACGAACACGAAGCUGGAGCAGGAGCUCGGCACUGAGCAGCAGUAUGUGCGCAACCUCAAAGCCAGAGUCUCCGCCAUGGAGGGCGCCGAGAAGGCCAUGAAGACGUCAAGUUUGGGUACCAAGUCCACACUUGCGCAAGAGAAGAAGAGAGUCUCCGCACUCGAGAAGGAGAUCUACGACUUGAAGAUGGAGCGGCGAGAUCUCAAGUGCGCCAACAGCAGACUGAAGUUCGACAUCGAGCAACUUCAGGAGCAGAACCCAGGCUUGACUCUCAACGUCUCCUUCGCCUCUCCAAAGCCAUCUCCAUUCACAGCUCAGAGCACCACUUCUCCAGCCUUCCCAACCGAGAAGCGCAAGUGGGAUCACGUCAACAGUAACGCGGGCAAGGACCCGCUGCCUUACUCGAAGACUAAGUCGAGCAAAGUCCACUCGGACCGCCGAGCCGGACUCCCCAGAGAGCAUGCCGCCUGA